AUGCUCUAAUAAUCUCAAAAUAUUGAUUACUUGUAUAUACCUACUAGUAAGAAUUUAUAAUCGCUCCUUAAAACAUCAACAUUCAAAAUGACUGCCAAUGUUCAAUAAACUUAUUUGAUUAAGUCUUAAUUGAUAAAUCUAACCAAAAGUCAAAAAUAUGAAUAUGCAUUAACUAAAGAUGGUUAAUUUAUCAAAUUUGGACAUCAAACAACUAAAUGUUAUAAUCUCUUUAGCAGUCUAUAUAUUCUAUCCUAUAGUGAUAAAAGUUUUAUAUUGACUUCAUAUGACAGAGUAAAAGAGUAUCAUUGCACUGACCAAAAAUAAUUAAAAAAUUGGAUUGAACAUCUAUUAAGAUUUUGUAUAACAAGGGGCCAGAUCUAAACUAGAUUUAGAUUCUUAAGUCAAAUCAAUAAUGGAAAUUAUUCAAAAGUAAUGUAUGUUAAAAAAAGGGCUAUCUCAUAGAGGACAAUAAGUAGAGACAAUUUGUAUGUAAGACCUUCCAAAAGACUGAUUUGAUCAAAGUUACAAAGCUUAGAGAUUCUGUAAUUGGUGAAAUGUUGUUACUUAGACCUAUUGAUCAUCCAAAUGUGAUUAAGUUAUUGGAAAUUCAUGAAGACAAUAAAUAAAUAUAUUUGAUAUAUGAAUAUGCAAAGGGUGAAUUAUUUUAAGAAUUCUAAAAGAAGAAAAUAGAGAAAUCCUAAUUUAGUGAAUAAUAGAUUAGCAAUUUUAUGAAACAAAUUUUUGAAGGUCUUAAACAUAUACAUUCCCUUAAUAUUAUGCAUAGAGAUAUUAAAUUAGAAAAUAUUUUAGUAAAAGAUUCUUAAACUAUUGUAAUUGCAGAUUUUGGAUUAGCAGCAAAGAAAAUACCAAAAUUUGAAUAUAAAAAAUAUGGAACACCAGGUUAUAUUGCUCCUGAAGUAUUAAAUUUGAAAAUUUAUAAUGAAAAAAUUGAUAUAUUUAGUGCAGGAGUAGUUGCUUAUAUUUUAUUAACUUAACAACCUUUGUUUUCAGGAAAUACUAUAAGUGCUAUUUUAAAUUAAAAUACUGCAGGAAGAAUUGAUUUUAAUAAUUCUAAAUUUAUUUGUUUAAGUCAAGAUGCACAAUAGUUUCUAAAAAGAGUCUUAUGUUUAGAAGAAAAUUAAAGACCAUCUGCAGCAGAUUGUUUAGAUUCUUCAUUUCUAUAAUUAUAAAUACUUAAUAAUGAAUUAGGAACACCUUUAUAGUAAAAAAAAGAAGUAAUUAUUAAAAUAAAUUAAUAGGUUAGAUUAAGUUAUUUGGGUUCCUCUGUUUUACCUGAAUAGAUUAAUCUUUCUAAAGCAAAAAGAAGAUCCAUGAGAUAAUAUAUAUUAUUAAAAUAAGCCAUAAUUACUGAAAAAUAGAAAGCAUAAAUGAUGUAACAAAUAGCUGAAUAAUAAUAAGGAGAUGAAGAAGAUUAAGAAAAUUUAAUUGUUUAAGAAACAGUAAAGAAUGUAAAAAUAAUUAAUUUAAUUUAGAUUGCAGGUUCUUUCUAUACUGAAACAAAGAAUGAAUCAAAUAAUGAAUAAUUAUCAGAAAGUGAUUCAGGGGAGAGUAUGAAUGGAGAAUCUUCUGAGAGUGAUGAUGAUGCUAAUUUGUUUUUAGAGGAUGAUUCAUGUCAUAAUCUAUCUUCAAAGUUAUCUCAAUUAGGUGGAUUUGAAAUUAAAAUGAAAAGAUGA